AAGAUAUCUUACAUGGGAACUGGGACCAGUCCUAGAGUGGGCCAACCUCCAGAGAGACGACGUGGCAAGAGCAUCCCUGAAUAUUGGGUUCCAGAGUGGCGAUGCUCCUGGUUCCUUGACGGAGAAGGAUUCUUCCUCUGAGAGCUCUCUACUCUAAGUAAUAUGCUAUCAAUUCAGGUUACGAGGGUCUAAUCAAUUUCCUUCAGGGGGGUUUGUGCAUUUGUAGUUCAUUGCCAAAUAUGACAUCAUCUCAUAGUAAUACACAUGCUGAAGCAGCCGAAAUGGAACAAGUUAUCACUGAAUUUUUUGCUAAAAGUCUCCACAUAAUACUGGAGUCCAGGUCUCCUUAUAUGUCAUCUCGUAAUUACAGUGGUGAACAAGCUGUGUCGUCUCCCUCUUCAUCUUCAUCCUCCUCUUCAGGUGUAAGGCCAAGAGAUAAAUGGUUCAAUUUAGCCCUUAGGGAAUGCCCAGCUGCUCUUGAGAUUCCUGAUAUCUGGUGCCAGAGCAUUCUGGAACCAAUGGUUAUUGAUGUGAUCUUGGUGCAGAGACCACUAGAUUGGAACCCCGUAAAACGUUUUCCAAAAAAGGAUUUUGGUGGGAAUAUCUCCUCUAAAGCCAGGUAUCCUUCUAGUUGGAAUUCUGAUCAUGAAGAAUUAGGAUGUGAAACUAAGACUGAAAAAAUCAUAGAGAGGUGGAUAGUGCAAUAUGGGAGUAGGAGGUCAAGGGAUAAUGGUUCGGGCAGUAGAAGAUCAGGCAAUACUUUGGCUAUGAUGUAUAAGAAAUCAAUAUUACUUUUGAGGUCUUUGUAUGCAACUGUUAGGCUUCUACCUGCUUAUAAGAUUUUCCGUGACCUCAAUUCAUCUGGACAGCUUCGCUCAUUCACCCUUACUUAUAGGGUUUCUUCUUUUGUUGAGCCCUUCACUCGAAAGGAAGAGACUGAAAUGCACCGAUUUGGUUUUACUCCAGUGGAUACUUCCUCGGGUAGGCUUUGCCUUUCAGUGGUUUAUCGUUCAGCACCUUUGGAUGUUAGCUUGGAAUCAUCAACUCCAAUGUCCCCCCAAUUUAUCCCUGAUUAUGUUGGGAGCCCUUUGGUGGACCCACUGAAAAGGUUCCCCUCUCUUACAAUGUCACAUGGUUCCCCAUCAUCCUUGCAAUUGUCAAGACAACAUAGUUGGAGUUAUGACAUCUAUAAAGCUUCUCCACCUUCAAUUUCUUUCUCACCAUCUCCUCCUCAUUCAGAAUCACAGGCUUCAAUUUCUAAUCCAAGUUCUUGUCGCUUCCCACCUAUGAAUUUGCCCCCUCAUCCACCUGAAACAUCUUCAGUUCAUAAGAAGAACAUGAAUUUUGAUGAAUAUUGUCCUUCCCCUAAUUUUACACCCUCCUCGUCGCCAUCACCACCAAUCUAUAUUCCUGGGAUUCAUCUUUCUAAGGCGCUUUUAAGGUCUGAAAGUGCACCAGUUAGCAUUCCUGCAGCCAAACUUGAUAGUUCCCCUGUUUCGUUAAACAAGCAAAAUUUUCCUCCAUCUCCUUCCUUCAAAGGGACCAGAAGCAGAUAUGGCAAUCCUAGGACUGAUACCAGCACUGGUUUUGUUCAGACUGAUGCAUCAGUUGAGAAGGAUGAUUUUGAUGAUCCUGACUUCCCUUACCCAUUUUUUGAUGUGGAGUAUGAGGAUAUGACAUAUCCACGUAGCAGGCCCGAGUCGUUUGACCAAAGAGGUCUUUUGUGUGAUCCACUCGAGCCUGGAGGACUGCUUCCGAUUAAAAAGUCACAAGAUGCUGCUGUUGGCGCUCUUGUACUUAUGCUAAAGAAAGCACGACCUCUACGUCAAGACUUCUCCAACUCGGUUAAUUUGUCUCAAGACUCUAAGUCCAAAAUGCCUAGCAGCAACCUCCAAGAGCGUAGUCAGAUCUCUGAGGCACCUGCAGUUCAGCAGGCUUCUGCAAAUAUUGGAUCUUCAGGGCUUAUUGCAUCGAAGACAACGGCCGAUGCAUUGGAAGAACUUCGGGGUUAUAAGAAGAUGAUGAAAGACUUGUUGCUUAGCCAAGAUGAUAAGCCCAACACGUAAGCUAACGGCACUUCUAUGCCAAAAACUUUGAUAUUUGUAAAUAUGUACAGCUAAUGGUAUCAGUAAGUGAUUUUCAUGCUAAAAAUGUUAUGUUAGUGCCCAGUUCUGCUGUAUAUAUGAGGCGAUAUGAAAUGACGAGUGUGGUUCAUCUUUCAUAGAAAGGACAGGAUUAUAGCAGACUUUAAAUCCCUGCAGCUGUAGGUAAAUUCUGAACUUUGUUUAUGACUGCUUGAAAUAUUGAGAGCUUGGCUUCCAUGUUAUGCAA